GAAAGGUCCCAAAUACUUUGCUAUUGUAAAACUGUAACCAAACCAAAAAAAAAAAUGAAACAACGAGGUCAUUUCACUAAGGAUCCGAUCAAAUUUCUAUGUAUUGUAGUCUCGAUUGCUUGUACUUUCGUGCUGUGUUUUUCAGUACUAAAACUUAACGAAAUACCACAAGGAAAUGAAAAUGUGAUUGGUUUGAAACUGAAGAAAAAUCGAAUAGAUGGAGGAAGAGGAGUAGGGAAGUUUGGGGAAAUAGUGAUUGGAAUGUUACCUCAAGAUUUGGGAUUUACUUUAUUUUUGCCAUCUGAGAAAGCAUUUGAGCGGGAUCUGGGAUUGAGAUUGGAUGAGAAUGAGAAUGAGAACAACACAUAUGCAAUACUAACUCGUGUACUCGGGUUUUCAGCUGUACCAGCAAGGAUUUAUGCGGAUGAUGUACAAAUUGGAAAGGAGAUUGAUUAUGAAUCAAUAUCGGGAUACACUCUGUAUAUAUCCAAAGAUUCAGAUGGGUUGUUGAUAGUUAAUAGAAUUGCUUCGGAAAUGGUGGAUUUGAGAAGAGGGAAGAUUGUUGUACAUAUUAUGGAUGGGGUGAUAAUGGAUCCAGAAUUCGAGCAAUCUGUUCGACCUGAUGAUGAUUGAGUUGAGUUGAACUAAGGUUUCAUGAUUUGAUGGUAGCUGAUUACCCCGGCCAUUUUCACCUUAGGGAAAACUUAUGAAGCUUGUUGCAUUGGGAUGGCGCAGACAGAUCUAUAGAGAUGAAAAACUUUGGUUUAUAACUUUGCUGAAUUCGAGCAAAUAUAGUGGCAUAGAUUUCCUGGAGAUUCUCUACAAAUCGAAGACAACAUUGUACCAGAUCAGUUCUGCUUAUGAAGAGGAAUUAUGCAUCACUUGAGUCUGGGUUUUUCAGAAAUAGUAUUUCUAUCUUCUAAGAUAGGGUAAGUUCUGUGUAUACUAUACUCUGCAUUGUGGGAUUACACUGGGUAUGUUGUUAUUGGUGUUGCUUAUGAAGAGGAAUUCUAGUUGAAUAUCAGCUUCGGAUAAUGGCAGACGAGGCGGGCAUCCAUCAAUAGCACAACCGAUACCAGCACCAUGAGAUUCUCCAAAUGUUGUAGAGCAGAAGAAAGUUCCAUAUGUAUUUCCAGCAGCCUUUAUCUCUGUGUAUAAGCAUAUUCAAACUUGUAAACUACUUGUGAGUUGGGAAGCUGAUUGAAGAAAUUUUGAAACAUUCAUGUCUAUGGGAUUAUUCAUUUUUUUAACGUAGGUAUUAGUUUUGCAGAGUUUAGUAAUUCAUGGAUUAGUUAUUCCACAUUCUAUCUUUUACGGAUAAGGAGG